AUGGACGACGACGACCAGACUCCCCCAAGUCCGUCGUUCACUGCAACGAGAAAGCGCCGCCGUCGCUCGAAUUCUCAUGACGACGAGUCUCUGUGCGACACGUCGCUGUGCCUGCUGGACGAUAGCGAAGCUGCGGCCAUGAAGAUCCAUUCGACGGGCCUGGCAGUGGAAGAUCGUACUUUAGCGGAGAUGGAUACAUUUGUUCAGCGCUGCCACUUGUGGCAGCAACAAUUGAACUUGCGGUACUCAGAGUUGGCUACAAAAGCCGAAUGGAUGGCGACAUUUGAGGUGACAAAAGUCGUGCGGGACCUCGUGACGAGUGUGGAGACAGCAGCGUUGCAAAGGGCAGUCACGACGAAAGAUGUGGAGCUUCAGUGGGCCCGUUGGAGGCUCAGAGACGUGGAGAGGUGCAUUUUUGAGCUGCUGGAGGAUACACGCGGGACUGAAGAGAUUCAAACCAUGGAGAAGCAAUUAAAGGACGAUCGAGUUGUGGAACUCGAGACGCAGUUGGCUCAGAAACGAGCUGUCGAGCAGGAAAAAGCGAUGGAGUUGUCGCUGCUGAGAGCAGACGAGGAAGAGAUGAUGCAUGCGCGUCGUCUUGUGCCGCGCGAACAGUUUGAGAUGUUGGCGGCAGAAAAAGAGACGAUGGAAGCUGAUGUGCAACGAUGGCAGGAACAGGUGGAGCUCCAGGUAGUUGAAAUGGCGCGUGGAGACGAAGAGCGUCGGAACUUGGCAGAACAGAAUCAGAAGCUGGUAGAGGAAGUGCGACGGCUGCGUGAGCAGCAGCAGACGAGAGAAUCGCAGGUUGAAAAACAGAUUGUGGAGAAGGAGAAUGAAACCAAGAAACUGCAGGCCAAGUUGACGGCUGCUGAAACCAAGGAAACAGCGAUGGCUGCAAUGCUGGUGGCCGCAGAAAAAGUGAUGGAGAAAAGCAAGCAGCGCAAAGAAGAGCUCGAGAUCCUUUACACAAAGUUUAGCUCGGCUAUGGACUUGGUGUCCGACAAAACAAUGCGGCUGGAGGAGAUGGAGCAGACGCUGAACGAUUUGCAGAACGUAGAGCAUCGCAACAAACAACUCGAGAAGCAGGUUGCUCAGCUGCAGCAGGAAAAGUCGGAUUUGUCAGCUGCUGUCCGUCGUUGCAAAAAUGACAUGAAAGAGAAGAUGAUUGCGGUGCAGAAGCAGCUUGAUGGGGUGAAAGAAUCGGAGUAUCAGCAAAAGCAGCGUGUAAGCGAAUUGGACAUUGAGGUUAGAGAGCUAAAGGUACAGAAUCAAGCUCUGACAAAGCAGCAGAUCAACUGCUCGUAUGAUGGCGCUCGACAACUGCCCAAGGAAAAUGAUAAGCCAUGCACGGAUAUGGUUGACGACUUGGUGAUCCAAGUCGCUGAAAAGGAAGCGCUGCAGAUGUUUGUGCAACGUUACUACACUGCCGCAGAAGAAAAGUGCAAUGGAUUAUUGAAGAGGGUGAGCCAAUUUGAGUUGGAGAAAGCACAGCAAAGUCAAUUGCGGACCGAAUCGACACGCAGUGAUUCCAGUAGGUGUGCACACAUCGAAAACAAUGACGACACCUCUGUACGCAAUGCCGGGACCACGUCAGAAGACUCGACAUGA